CGAGAAUAAACCUAAACACUAGAGUUAAGUUAAAUCGCGGCUAAAAUGACUUAUAAACGAAACGAAAUUAGAAACAUGACAGUGUGCGUAUAUUGGAGCUUAAAUAUUGUGUGUUGGUUAAAAAAAUAUUUUUAAAACCUACCGACCGACGUUUAGUUAACGUCUGUUAAUUCAUAACUUCAUAACUCCCAUCGGAAAGUCGUGUUUGUUUGCUUUUCGAAAGACCUUCGAUGUACUGCACCACUCAACCAAGCAUAGUGUAGGCAGGCAUGCGUGUUCACGCAGUGUUGUUUUCUAAGAUAAACAUGAGAGCACAUUUGAGAGAGACCAUUUUUCUCUGUGGAAUGUUUCUUAUUUGCUCAUCUGAAACAUCUGACUACAACCAGUCCUGUUUCCAGGUGAAGCCUCACUCCAGCUCCAUGCUGGGUGGACGAGCUCUCAGGAUCCUCGGUUUGGUCCUUCAUCCUGGUGGGCGACUUCUCUGCAGAUUCAAAGGUGAGAUUGAACGAGAAGGGUUUAUUGAUGCUGAAGGCCACGCCCACUGUAUCUCUCCUUUAUUGUAUGAGACGGGUUGGAUACCAUUUGCCGUCUCAACAGAUGGAAUAAAUUUUGACAGAUCUGGAGAGUACUUGUCAGUCCACCCCAGUAAAGCAGACCGUGCCUUUGAAGUCACCCUGGUAAAUACAACGCAGUGGCAGUACUACGGCACGCCAAACAUGGCAGGACAGCUUAAGAUGAUGUGGAACAGCUCUUUGGUUGGAGCAGAGGGGGUCAACAUAGAGCUGUGGGGUUACAGAGAGUUCAACGGGAGCACAGAGGGAGUGAACGGUUCAUCCGCUCUGCAGGCCAAGCUGAGCUAUCUCUACUCUCUUGGCAGGAAUCUGCCCAACACUGGUGCCUUCAGCUUCAUCCCCGAGCCCUUAAAGAACUACGCUGACUGGGAGUUGGGGAAUAUCCGCAUCACUGCUAGUUCUAAGUCAGAUGGGGCAAGGGAUGUACAGGGGCUCUGGAGCGGAGGUCAUGUCUUAGCCUGGCACCUGGAGCAGGCUUUCAGAGAUGACUCUGCAGCCUGGGCCAAGAGCAAGUGUCUGCAGUGGGACGACCUGGAGAAGAAGCUGCCCAACUUCCUGGAUGAGCUCAUUGACUGUCCUUGCACUCUGGCACAGGCCAGAGCAGACACAGGCAGGUUUCAUACUGACUACAGUUGUGACAUUGAGAGGGGCAGUGUGUGCACUUAUCACCCAGGUAGUGUCCACUGCGUCAGAGCAGUUCAGGCCAGUCCUACGCAUGGAUCAGGGCAGCAGUGCUGCUAUGACAGCAAAGGCGCUCUGGUGCUGACGGGAGACUCGAUCGGUGGCAGCACCCCAGACAGGGCUCACGACUGGGGCUCACCUCCGUACAGGAAUCCACCACGGGUGCCAGGGUACUCCCACUGGCUUUACGAUGUCAUGAGUUUCUACUACUGCUGCUUGUGGUCUGACCACUGCCACAUCUACUUCAACCAUCGGCCUUCUAGCGGGUGUCGCAACUACAAGCCCCCAAGAGCUGGUGUUGUCCUCGGGGAUCCGCAUUUCAUAACGUUUGACGGUCUCAGCUACACUUUCAAUGGCAAAGGAGAGUUCUACCUUGUGUCUUCGGCAGACAGAGAGCUGAGUGUUCAGGCCAGAACAGAACAGGUGAAACUUAAGAACGGUACUUUGGCUAACGCCACUUGGCUGUCAUCAGUGGCUAUGAAGGACAAGGCCUCUGAUGUCAUUGAGGUGCGUUUACUAGAGGGCCACCUUCAGGUGCUAAGGAACCAAAGUGUCCUACCUUUCACCGAGCAAAGAUGGAUGGACCUACAGGGAGUAUUUGUGUUCGCCCCCAGUCCUCAGAAUGUGACAGUAAUCUUUCUCUCCGGAGUCGGCGUGGAGGUUCGUGUGUAUGAAGGAGCCAUGGCAGUGACUGUCCUGCUUCCAACAGAGUUUAGCAACCACACUCAGGGUCUCCUCGGUCUGAUGAACUCUGACCCAUCAGAUGACCUGAUGACCCAACUAGGAGAGGUCAUGUCCCUAGACGACGCCACGCCAGAGGAAAUCUUCACCUUUGGAGCUGGCUGGAACAUUUCAAAGUCUUCCCUUUUCACAUAUGACUCAAGGUACCUUUUGGAUACCUACUAUUUCCCACCAAGCCACGAUCCUGCUUUUGUGCCUGCCUUUUCUCUACCUGAGAGACCUAAUGACCCUCUGGUGGCAGACAUGUUGAUGAUAUGCUUUGGAGAAGGAGCAAAGUUGUGUAAAUAUGAUAUCCUGACCACUCGGAGCCUCUCAAUGGGAAGCGCCACACUGAGGGCCUACCAAAAUCACCGGGCCCUAAUGGCAGCUCUGGAGCCAGUGGUGUAUUGUGGCUGGCUUCCCACACCCAGGAAUGGGAAGAAGAAUGGGACAUUUUACUUAGAGGGGAACACUCUGAGCUUCACCUGCAAUGAAGGCCACAUACUGUAUGGUUCAACAGAGCGCACUUGUUUGGAUGAUGGGACCUGGACAGGAGAUCAACCCCACUGUAUAACAGAUAAUAACGUGGGUUUUGUACUUGGCGCUGUUGGUUCCCUCUCAGCACUAGUCACAAUGGGAGUAAUGAUCAAACUGCACAACAGGAAACAAGACAGGCAAUACAAACACUGCUUGGGAAUGGCGGACUCCACCACUAACAAGGACAACUACUAUAAAGACAGAGAGAGAGAAAAGAAACUGGACCCCAUGGUGACCCAAGAACAAACAUGCUAAUCCAUCAAAGUCCUUUCGGAUUAUGGAUCACACCACUCCACAUUGAAACCUUCAACUAUGUGGCCUAUGGCAACCAAUAAGUUUAGAGCUGCAUUUGGAAAUCACAUGCAGUCGUGUUGUUCAUUAGGACGAUUGUCUUCUCUUGACCUGUUGACCUUAUCAGGAAAACCUCAGGCACUAGUUAGGCUUUCAGCAUGUUGUUUGGCCUUAUUUUUUUACCUCUUGUUUAGUUUGGAAAACCUCCAGGUUGUGGUAAAUGGUGCAUGGGGUGAGGAUUGAGGGUACUGAAGUAAAGGAAAAAUGCUUGUUUUUAUAUUCCCGGUUUGCAUGGCUGAAUGUUCGAGCUUUGCUAGAGAGAGAAUUAUAUAAAUACUACAUAGAGAUUUCAUCAUUACAGUUAACAUUCUCUUCUCCUGUUCAGUUUAAAAUAGGACCAGAUGUGUUCAUGCUCAUGUCAUAUGUGAAGCGAACCUGAUCAUUUUUCAGUUGAAAGACUUUGAACUCAUAUGCAGCCUUGUGUGGGCCCAAAGCCUUCAGUCAAACGAAGGGUUUUGCUGAGUGACUGAGCCAGAAAUAUCCACAAAUGUUACAAAAAGGUCACCUUUUUGAGUGAGUUUUCUUUGUAAUGUUACAUAUCUGUUUUUGAAGACACUCACUGAUUGAAUGCAUCUGUAAAUGUUUUAAUUAAAAAUCAGUGAGCUAAUCAAUAAAUGAUAGUGCAGAGAUUAGAUCCUACAUAGUUUUUUUUUUUUUAAAACUGGCUGUUUAUCUAGUGGUGUGUUCUUUGAAUCAUCCCCUCUUCAAGCCAGCAGGCAUGCAUCGUCUGGCACAGCCACAUGCCCCGUGGGACAGACCAUCAUCUCAUGUUACCGCUCGGUCUUCUCCUCUACUUUGAACCUGACUCACUUCUCCUUUUCCAAAACAAAGCCUUUGGGGGGUAAAAGGAAACCGAGUGACAGGGUCCCGUGUGGCUGAUCCCUGGGAGUGAUAGGUGGGGGUCCAGCUGGGGAAGAAGAAGGGUUCUUGUUGGAGACUAAUUGAAAGAACCUGGUGUGCUGGACAUGGAAGGCUUUGAAGUUUUUUGCCGCAUGUGAACACUGUUUCCUAACUAGCAGUUGUGCAAUGCGCUAUCCAUUACCAGCUCCUGCAGACACUGAGUGUUAUUGCUGCUCUAUCAUGCCUCAGGGACUCUUGGGACCCUAUUGUUUUUCACAUAAAAACACAUUAAUGUCCUUUACGAGCAUAAAUAAGUAUACAUGCACCCACUUCACAUGUUGUUACCUGGUAAUGAAACGGGUCCUGAUACCCUGACAAAAGAGAAGUAAGCCGCCCUGUGUGCUGCUGUUUGAGGUCUUUCCACAGUAUCCGCUCAGAUUUGACUCACUCACUGUAUAAUCUCCUAACUGGGUGCAAAUUUCCCUGCUUUCAUGUGUCAGUCAGCGCUUACAAGAGAGGCAAUGGAGCAAGCUGCUGCGUCUGUUUGCAGUCAGAUGCUGAUUAAUUGCGUAAGGAUGAAAGUAGAGGGUUUUCAUCUCUGGGGGGGCCUGUUCUAACCCUGAAUGUUUACGCUCACUUAUCAUCCCAACAGCCCGACGUAAUUAGUUCAAUCAAAUUCAAACAGAAGUAAAUGCUAAUGUGCUCUGUGGAAGCCUGUUGCUUUCACGUGGGACUCUUCCCAUUUCUCAGAUCUGCUUUACAUCCCUGGAUUAUGAAGAAAGGCUUCUGAAGUGGCUUUUGGAUGAGGCUUUUGUUUUGGGGGUGUUUUUUUGUUUCAUGUCAACUCCAGCUUUGCAGGUGUGCUUUGUCCCUUACCUCCUAAUACCUCAUGGUUGAGCAGCGCCUUCUGAUGUUAACUCCUAAUUUUAAGGCGUAGGUUGAAAUAAAGAUGGAUUUCAGGAUUAA